UCCCUCCACUUCUCCCCGCCUGGCCUGGCCGCCUCCAUGAUGCCGCCCAUGUUCCGGUUCCCGUCGCCAUCCCCGCACAAAUUCCCGCGGAUUAGCUUUUCGGCUCGGGUCGGGGGGAGAUAUUAGCUGCCCUAAUCCUGUUUUUAGUAGCGCGCCCCCGUUCCGUUCCUGCGGUUAUUAUGAUGCCCGCCGGGCGCCGGGGCGCCCUUCUGUCCUGGGGGCACCGUACGCAACGGCACGGUCUCUGUCGCUAGCGGCCGGCGGCCGGCGGCUACCCGGCCGUUGUUGACCGGCAGUUACUGUUUCGGUGUCUCGUUGCGGGGGCGUGGAUUAAUGCAGCUCCUCUUGGCCGUGUUCGCCGGCGAACCACCGCGGUGGUUUCUCGCGGGCGUGCGGGGCUCAACGGCCGGAACCUCCUUAUGCUGUUGUUAAUGCCCAGUGCCGUGUAAAGGCGUCUUUUUUCGCCCCCCCUCGAUUUCUUCAUUGCCUGCAUUGCAUCACCCUGCUCUGCUGCGUUUGACUGCUCAUCCAGCAGGCAGCCUUUACUUUACCCCCCCUGCCAACCACCGUCUCUCUGGUGUGUGGACUUCACCUGAGGCCGCGCGCGCUCUCGUUCGUGGGAGUCGCCGGCCCGGCGGAUUCCCACCGGAUUUGAUGCGCGCAUCUUCAAAUUCUCGGCUGGCCUUGUUGCUGCCUCGCAAAAGCUGCUGCGUCUUAGCUUUUCUGCCUUCUUAAUUUGGACGAGGUGUACGGAUCACUGUUCGCCCUAAUUAUUUCCACAGUUGUUAACCCACGGGCUGUUUUUUUUUAUUUUUUUUAUACUAUGUGUUUCUUUUGAAUUGCUCGAUCCCUUUUGGUUUUGGUGCUCUUCUUCGUGGGAAUGUAUGUGUUUUUCCUUUGCUCGGCCUUGCUCUUUGCUGCUUCAGGUUCCGUCUGCUGUGCUCUGCUCUAACGCAGCCUCUGAUUGCAGCACACCACACCCCUUCUAUUAUUUUGAAAUAAUAACUGGAAGCGUUUCGGGUUUGGGAUUUGGCACCUGGGCCUGGCCUCAAUGCCCCUGAAACCAUUUUGGAAAUGAGUAGGGCUCAUUAAGUGAUCUCUGCCAAAUGAUUGAGCAAGCAGUGCAGAGCUUGUACUUAGCAAAUUAGGUUUUAUGCUUCAAGGAUAGUAAAUUGCCAAGGCUGUUGUAAUGGGGGUCAAUGGUCAUCAUGAACCUCGCAGAGGAUGUAAUGGCACCGUCUGCAAUGGUAGUGUAAGACCACUCGAUCAUUUUGGUGAUGUAGAUCCAUGGACGGCAUGGGCAUACAAGCCUCGUACAAUCUCGCUCUUGCUGAUGGGAACAUGCUUUUUAAUUUGGGCAAGUGGUGCUCUUGAUCCAGAAAGGAGCUCAUCUGCUGAUCGUGUUUCCUCAGUCAAGAGGGGUGUAUUCGCGAUGAUUGCUGUUUUUUUGGCUUACUCUUUUCUUCAGGCACCUUCAACUGUACUCAUUAGACCACAUCCUGCCAUUUGGAGGCUAGUUCAUGGGAUGGCAGUUGUUUACCUUGUUGCCCUCACUUUCUUGCUUUUCCAGACUCGUGAUGAUGCUAGGCAAUUCAUGAAGUAUCUUCAUCCUGAUCUUGGUGUCGAAUUGCCUGAAAGAUCUUAUGGAACUGAUUGCCGCAUAUAUGUACCUGAUCAUCCGAAAAGCAGGUUUAACAAUGUUUAUGAGAUCAUUUUUGAUGAGUUUGUUAUCGCUCAUAUCCUUGGAUGGUGGGGUAAGGCUAUAAUGAUACGAAACCAACCACUUUUGUGGGUCUUAUCAAUUGGUUUUGAGUUAAUGGAGCUCACUUUUCGUCAUAUGUUGCCAAAUUUCAACGAGUGCUGGUGGGAUAGCAUUGUCCUAGACAUAUUGAUCUGCAAUUGGUUUGGUAUUUGGGCUGGAAUGAAAACUGUGCGGUACUUUGAUGGGAGGACAUACGAAUGGGUUGGUUUGAGCCGCCAACCCAACAUUAUCAGUAAGGUAAAAAGGAUGCUGGGACAGUUCACACCAGCACAUUGGGACAAGGAUGAGUGGCACCCUACGCGGGGUCCUUGGAGAUUCAUCCAGGUGCUGAGCCUUUGUGUUGUUUUCAUGGCUGUUGAACUGAACACAUUCUUCCUCAAGUUCUGCCUGUGGAUUCCUCCGCGGAAUCCCUUGAUUGUCUAUCGGCUAGUCCUUUGGUGGUUAAUUGCGAUACCAACCAUCCGCGAGUACAACACCUACUUGCAAGACAGCAAACCAUUUAAAAAGGUGGGAUCCUUCUGCUGGCUUUCCCUGGCUAUAUGCAUUGUGGAGCUCCUAGUCUGCAUCAAGUUUGGACAUGGUCUGUUUCCAAAGUCAAUGCCUUCGUGGUUGAUCACAUUCUGGUCAGCAAUCGCCUUGGUUCUCGUGCUCUUUGUGUGGACUUGGAAAUACCGAACAAUGAUAAGGAAAAGGAUAUAAUUGUGACAAAAAAGAUUAUUUAUUUGCCUCCAUUCUUUACCCAAUUCAGUGUUAUCGUGUACAGAAAAAAAUAUUCAAAUUGUGUACAUGUAGUAGUAGUCAGCCUUGGUGAUCUGAAGAGGAUUAUCCAUGAGAGUUUUUUUAUGCCUUGUCUUUCUAUUUUCCAUCAGCAAAGUAGGAUAGCAGUUCGUUCCCCUUUAUUUCGUCUGUAAUGGUGUACUUCGUUGACCGGCUCUUAAAUGUGGAGAUCCCUUGAUGCAGCCUAUGAAAUAAUGGAUGGGGAUUUAAGUC